UUUCUGUCGAGUGUCUACACUCUCUUCUCACGGUCAACAAUUCUCCAACCCAAGGUGUCUAAUUCGGACUUCGACUUUGUAGAACACAUUGGUGCAUCCUUACGGAGCUCACAUUCCUGCUCCAGCGAGUCAAUCACAUCCCACCUUUACACCACGGCCAACGUUGCAAUCUCGUCCGUCCCAAUCAUGCACUUACCGUCCACCCGCCUUUCCGUGCUGCUCUUAUUCGCGAUUCUAGGGGACACAAUCACGUCGGGAUUGGUCCCUUGGCGGAGCAACCUCCAACGCCGUCCGACGGUGGCCGAUCCGUGGGUUCCGCAUUCGCCCGUUUCCCGAACCACCCCCCUCGGGAGCAGUCGCCAACCCCGUCGCAAUUUGCAAAAACGCCGACGCCGCGGACAAUCCUCGUCGUCCGAAUCGUCGUCGGGCAAUACGAAAGCAGACGACGACGACCAAUUCUGGAAUCAAGCCGAAUUUCGUCCGCUCUUGGCGGAUCGUCAGAAGGAACAGGGCGAGGACUACUGGAUGGACGAGGAAGAAUUCGCGCGGGAGCGGGAACGGAAGGCGGCGAUGCGUGCUCGGGAACCGGGGCAAGUGUCCGACGAAAAACUCUGGGGGGAGGUACUGUCGCCCUACAAACAGAACUGGAUCGGAUUCUUUACCGUUUUUAUCAUUGUGCUGGUGACGAUUGUCACGCAGUUUCCGGAACUUUUGAAUUAUCCGGUAAUAUCCAUUCCGGAUCUGUAAAGAGGCGGUUUAGAUCCACGUCGAGCAAGCCGGUGUUGGGUACAGGAAUCGCGUGUCGAUGCCUGCGCCUGUACU